GUCGCAUUUUCUUACUCCUUGGUUCCAUUCUCCCUUGGCCAUCUGGAGUCUGGACUCUGAUCUGAGGGGGAGAGGCCUUUGCCUUGCUCUGACUCCUCCGACCACUGCCGCGUCGCCGACCCGCAGAUCUCACCGCGCAAACCUACACCCUGCCCGCAGAUCUGCCGCCCGCCAUGGACUCCGGCAGCGGGGCCACGCCCAUCCACGUGCCCUACCGCCACCUCCGCAACGCCGAGAUGGAGCUCGUCAGCCUCAACGGCAGCCCUCGCGCUGGGGAGGGGCCGCCCAAGGACCCGCACCGGGACGCCGACGGGGCGCGCCAGGCGGGGGGCGCCGUCACCUCCAGGACCAAGCUCGUGCUCGCCUGCAUGGUCGCCGCGGGCGUGCAGUUCGGAUGGGCGCUGCAGCUCUCCCUCCUCACACCCUACAUCCAGACCCUAGGAAUAGAUCAUGCCAUGGCAUCAUUUAUUUGGCUCUGUGGACCUAUAACCGGUUUUGUGGUUCAACCAUGUGUCGGUGUGUGGAGUGACAAAUGCCGCUCAAAGUACGGGAGAAGAAGACCAUUUAUUUUGGCUGGAUGCUUGAUGAUAUGUGCUGCUGUAACUUUAAUCGGGUUUUCUGCAGACCUUGGUUACUUCUUAGGAGACACCACUGAGCACUGCAGAACAUACAAAGGUUCAAGAUAUCGAGCUGCCACUGUUUUCAUUCUUGGAUUCUGGAUGUUGGACCUUGCAAAUAAUACGGUGCAGGGUCCCGCUCGUGCCCUUCUAGCUGAUCUUUCAGGUCCUGAUCAGUGUAAUUCUGCAAAUGCAAUAUUCUGUUCAUGGAUGGCUGUUGGAAAUAUUCUUGGCUUUUCUGCUGGUGCGAGCGGGAAUUGGCACAAAUGGUUUCCUUUUCUAACAACAAGAGCCUGCUGUGAAGCUUGCGGUAAUUUGAAAGCAGCUUUCUUAGUUGCAGUUGUAUUUCUUUUGUUCUGCUUGUCUGUUACCCUGUACUUCGCUGAAGAGAUCCCACUAGAUCCAAAGGAUGCACAAGGAUUAUCUGAUUCCGCUCCUCUACUGAAUGGGUCUAUAGAUGAUGGCCAUGCAUUGAAUGAACAAAACAAUGAAAGAUUCCCUAAUGGCCAUGUGGAUAGAAACAAUGUCUCAGCUAACCCCAACACCGAGGAAGUCACAGAUGUGAAUUCCAACUUGAACAGGGACAAUGGAGAAGUUUUCAAUGAUGGCCCAGGAGCAGUUUUGGUCAACAUUUUGACCAGCAUGAGGCAUCUACCUCCAGGAAUGCAUUCAGUGCUUGUAGUUAUGGCCCUAACAUGGUUGUCAUGGUUUCCCUUUUUCCUUUUUGAUACUGACUGGAUGGGGCGUGAAGUUUACCAUGGGGAUCCAAAUGGAGACUUGAGUGAGAGGAAAGCUUAUGAUAAUGGUGUCCGAGAAGGUGCAUUUGGUUUGCUAUUGAAUUCUGUUGUCCUUGGUAUUGGUUCCUUCCUUGUUGAUCCACUAUGUCGGAUGAUUGGUGCAAGAUUGGUUUGGGCAAUCAGUAACUUUACAGUGUUUAUCUGCAUGAUGGCUACAACGAUACUAAGUUGGAUCUCUUCUGAUCUAUACUCGAGUAAACUUCAUCACAUCAUUGGAGCAAAUAAAACAGUCAAGAAUUCAGCAUUGGUUGUUUUCUCUCUUCUUGGAUUACCACUCUCCAUCACUUAUAGUGUUCCAUUUUCUGUUACUGCCGAGCUGACUGCUGGUUCAGGAGGUGGACAAGGUUUGGCUACAGGAGUCCUAAAUCUUGCUAUUGUCGUUCCCCAGAUAGUAGUCUCACUCGGAGCAGGUCCAUGGGAUGCUCUCUAUGGGGGAGGAAACACCCCUGCAUUCGCCUUGGCAUCAAUCUUCUCCCUGGCAGCUGGUGUGCUUGCAGUUCUCAAGCUACCAAAGCUAUCAAACUCGUACCAAUCUGCCGGUUUCCAUGGAUUUGGUUGAUGCUUGAUGCCCUCGAAACCCUCUAGGGGUGUAACAUUCAGAUACACACCUACACUAGACUGAGCCCUGUUUCGCCAUUCGUUUACAGUGAAAUGAUUCUUUUUCCUGCUGCCACUACAGAAUAAUACUGAAAGUAGACACUAGGAUAGAGAGGCUAGUUAGGUUCAUGUGCAUACAAAGCCGAUGCAAAGGUGUACAAGCUGCAUCUACUUUUUUGACAGUGUAUGUAAGAGCUGCCCGCUAACAUGGCGGAGAAUUUUACAAGUGAUGUAACAGGUUUUGGCCUUAACCAGCGCUCGUUUGUAGCUGUAAAUCCAGCAUGUUGCUGUGCGGUUUUGUAAGGGAAUAGGCUGUGUGCCAAGCUCAUGUUCAUUGCACUUUUUUC